AUGAACCAGAAUGCCAAUCAUAUACAGAAUGUGGGACGAGUACAACAUCCCCCUCUCCAGCUUCAAAGCCGCCAGGCGCAAUGGACCAACUUCAUAGUCGGGGGACUUGUCUUCUCUCGUGAUUCCCAAAACAAAAGCAAUGAGGGAGGCGAACCAAGAGUCCUCCUCCUCCAACGUGCUUUGACUGAUUCCCUGCCCGGUUACUGGGAAGGCCCCGGUGGAGGCUGCGAGGAGACGGACGAGACGAUUCUCACAGCCGCUGUGCGUGAAGUCGUGGAGGAAAGCGGGUUGCAUGUGUCGAGGAUUGUGGAUUUGGUCGGAGUGGAAGAGUGGACGAAAGAGAAGAAUGGGACGAUGUCGUUUGUGGCCAAGUUUACGUUCUUGGUGGAGGUUCAUGAGGCUCAAGGCGUCUUUGGAGGGAUUGCUGGGACGGAAGGCGAGAAGACGGUUGAGGUUGAAGGAGAUGCUGUGCAGGGGUGGGAGGACCGAGUCCGGCUGGAGCCGAGUGAGCAUUCAGCGUAUGAGUGGGCAACGGAAGAGCAGGUGAAGUUGGGAUUGGACGGAAAGGGGAAAUAUAAGAUUUUGGAGGACGAGGGUAGGAAUCUUAUGAAGGCAUUUCGAAUGGUGGCUCAAUGA